UAUAUAAAGUCAUCAAUAGCAGAUCACAUCUGAAUACUCAAAAGUCUUAAUGAAAGAGCUUAACUGAACCCAUUAUGGGGGACACUAAGCUCUGCCUUUUGUUGCUUCUAAGUGGAAUAUUCUUAACAAAUGCUCAAGAUGAGGAAUUACCAUGCCUUUUGGCCAGAAGAUACAAGAGCUUUCACAAGUAUGAAUACACCUACGAAACAGAGUCUCUAAAUGCCAUGAAUGGAGAAACCAAUGGCCCCAAAGCAAGAUGCAAGGUUGAAAUUGAGGUCCCACACACAUGCAGCUAUAUUGUGCGCACAACGGAGUGCGCGUUGAGUGAGGUGAUCGAUGUUGAUACAGAAGGAAAUCCUCUCUUUGGGCCGUCUGCUGGUGCAGAUGCUUUCAAGGCUGCCAUGGAGAAGAACCCACUGAAGUUCACCGUUGAGGGAAAUGAUGACAUCAAGUUGUUUCCUGAGGAUGAUGAACCAGUCAAUAUUUUGAACAUCAAGAGAGGUCUAAUCUCUGCUCUGGCAGUGCCUCUGCUAGAGGAGGAAAGAAACAGAAGAAUGCCAACUAUCUACGGUAUGUGCAAGACAGGGUACACCGUGAACGCCAGAGAGAACAUUGCCACCCAGGUCACCCUCAACAGAGAUCUGUCUAAAUGUGACAAUUUUAGGCCCAUCAAGGACCACACCAGUCCCCUGGCCUUUAUCACAGGACAGCACUACCCACUUGCUCAGCUCAUCACAAGCAGCCAAACCUGCAACUACAAGUUUGAUAAUGCACAGAAACAUAUGACCUUUGCUUCCUGUACUGAAAACCACAUGCUUGUGCCUUUCUCUUACAAAGUACAGUAUGGAGUUACUAAUGUAGGAAAACAAGUCUUGACUCUGGUGGGAGUGUCUGUGCACAAUGACAGAAUCUUUGAGCAUGAUGAAGCCAACAUGAAGACACUGCACCUCGAUGGAAGCAUUGACUCAGUCCAUCCAAUUGAGGAUAAAGAGGUCAUGCUGUCAGUUCUAAGGGAACUGGAUGGCCUUUCUGAGACCAACAAUGGACACAACAGAGCCUACCUAGCUCACAAGCUCAUUGCUACAAUCCGCAAAAUGAAUGCUGAUAGCCUGAGCACUGCUCUACCAGAGGCCCUUGAGAUUUCUCGCUCCCUGGUGUACCAGGCGUUGUUCCAGUGUGGCACGCCAGAAUGUACCACUGCCAUCUUGCAGGUUCUCAGAACGUUUGACCGUUCCUCAGUAGAAAUUGAUGCUGCAGCAUAUGCCAUGGGAAUGGUUCCCAACCCAUCCAGAAGCCUUGUUAUGGAAAUGUUGAAGGUGGCCAAGUUCAAGGAUAGCAAGCCCAUCUACUAUGCUCUCAGCAAUGCUGUCAGGAGACUCUAUGAAGCUGAAGGAAGAGUCACCCCUGAGAUUCAGGGAGUUGCCAAUUACGCCCUUGAACAGAUCAGUGACUGCACAGGCGAUCAGGAACAUAUGUACCUGGCCCUGAGGGUCAUUGGAAACAUGGCUUCUGCCGUUGGAGCCGCAAGCCCUGCUCUGAAAUCAGCAAUUAUCCAGUGCAUAAACCAACCUGCUGCAUCCCCUGAGGUCCAGCAAGCUGCUGUUCAAGCUUUUAGACUCACUUCUGUCCCUGAUGAGGGCAGAGAGGUGUUAAUGAAGGUCAUUUUUGAUUCAGCCGCUCCCAUACAGAAGCGUGUUGCUGCAUAUCUCAUUGUGAUGAAAGACCCUCAGCCCUCUGAACUGGCUCAGCUGGUUGCUGCUCUGCCUAAAAAUUGUCAGGCUAUGAGCUUUGUUAACUCACAUUUUAUCAACAUCCUGAGCUCCACAGCAUCUGAGACUAAGGAACUUAGAGAGAAGAUUCUCAAUACCCUUCAAGGGAAUAAGAUCAGAAAUUCCACAGAUCCAACAAAGUACUCUCGCAAUUACAAAAUUGGCUCUCUAGAAGGAAAUGUGAUCUUUGAGUCUGAAGAACUUCUGCCCAAUGAAGUCAUCCUGGAGAUGACUCUGAAUGCUUUUGGAUAUGACAUAGACAUGUUUGAGAUCGGGUUGAAUGGUAAAGGACUGGAACCCACCGUUGAUGCCCUAAUCGGCAUUGAUGGAUUCUUCCAUGACACCAUGCAGAAGACCAUUAACUAUGCAGCUGAUAAAGUGCCCAGGGGCAAUGACAUUAUGCAGAGCAUGUUCCCAACCCUAUGGGAUAACAUAAAAAUGCAACAGGCCCCUCAAAGCAUCGUCAAGGAAAUAAUGAAUAAUGUUAACAAGCUCAUCCAGAAACUGAAGGUUCAGGAUAACCCAGAAGCUAUGAUCUACCUGAGACUUCUGGGGGCUGAAAUAGGCUAUCUCAACACCAAGGAUAUGGAAGACAUGGCCUACUCUGCUACCUUGCUGACUAAUAGACUCUUAAAUAUGUUCCCAGUUGAUUUCAUAAGGAACCUUUACUCGAGUGUCAACAACAACCUUUUUCUUCACUAUGUCUUCAUGGACAAUGAGUUUUAUCUACCUACUGGUACCGGAAUUCCAUUUAGACUUGCCCUGUCUGGUACUUUUGCUCCAGGAGUGAAAGGAGGACUGAAAAUUGCCCCUGAUAUGAGCGAGAUGGCUUUCAUGCCAUCUGUUGGUGUGGAGUUUGUGACUGAGGUUGGAGCUCUCUUACCUGACUAUGUUGAGUCUGGCCUGGAGAUGCAUACUAACAUCUACCAUGAGAGCGGCCUGAAAGUAAGGGUUGCUGUAACCAAAAAGCAGCUGAAGUUGACCUUUCCCACACCCCAAGCUCCAUCAAAACUCAUCAGUGUGACAUAAGAUGCU